CGGGGGAGAGCGCGCUAGCGCGCUGAGCAGAGAGCGGGAGGCGUCGCACGGCCGCGAGGCCCCGGAGCCGGCCCAUGGGGAGCGUGCGCCCUGCGCCCGCCAAUACGACCGCCUGCGCCCGACCCGGCCCCAGCAGCCCAGGGACCCCCUCUAGGAGAGCCCCAUGAGGGCAGGAGAGAAAUGGAGAGCACGCCCAGCUUCCUGAAAGACAGCCCAGCCUGGGAGAAGACAGCCCCUGAGAAUGCCAUCCUGGGUCAGGAGCUGGAGUCACCACCUGGAGAUGGCCUGCGGCAGGGAGCAUUUUGCCUGGGAGAGCCCACUCCCUUCUGGAGGGGUGUCCUGAACUCCUCAGACUCCUGGCUGCCCCCUGGCUUCUCCCAAGGCCCCAAGGACGUGCUCCCACUGGUGGAGGGUGAAGGCUUCUGGAAUGGGGAGAGGAAAGCUGGUUGGAUGGGUGGCAAGGAGGGGCUGCGAUGGAAGGAGGCCAUGCUUGCCCACCCACUGGCCUUCUGUGGGGCUGCCUCUCCACCUCGCUAUGGGCCUCUGGUUCCUGAGCAUAGCAGUGCCCAUGCCAAGAGUGAUCCUGUGGCUUUCCGGCCCCUGCACUGCCCCUUCCUGCUGGAGACCAAGAUCCUGGAACGAGCUCCCUUCUGGGUGCCCACCUGUUUGCCACCCUACCUGGUGUCCAGCCUGCCUCCAGAGCGGCCGUGUGACUGGCCCCUGACCCCACACCCCUGGGUGCACCCAGGAGGCCAGCCCAAAGUCCCCUCUGCUUUCAACUUAGGCAGUAAGGGCUUUUAUCACAAGGAUCCAAGCAUUCUCAGGCUCACAAAGGAACCACUGGCAGCUGUGGAACCUGGGCUGCUGGGCUUAGCCCCCAGUGGGCAUCUCCAGAGAGCUGGGGGCAUAGAGCGCCCUUCACUCCUCCACAGAGAUGGAGAGACAGGAGUUGGCAGGCACCCAGACCUCUAUCCACUUCUGGGACCUGCAGACACUGUUCCCCAGGCCCCUUGGCCCACUUGUCCCACAGGCCUUGUUCAUACUCUUAGCAACGUCUGGGCUAUGCCAGGGGGCAGGAGCCUGGGGUGCCAGCUGGGGCCUGCAGCCACGUCAAGCUGUCCCUCUCCUGGGCUUCCUGCCGCCCAAGUGGCUUGUUGCUCAUCCCACCUAUCAGCUAGAGCUGGAGGUCUCAGCCCUUGUGGGAAGUGCCAGGAGGACAUGGGCACCAGUGGAUCCAGCGAAUCCAGCGAGGAGGCAAGCAAGGCCCCUGCUCCCAGGGCCUGCCUGCCCAGCCACCACACCAAGCUGAAAAAGACCUGGCUUACUCGACACUCUGAGCAGUUUGGGUGCUUAGGCAGCUGUGCUGGAGACGAGGAGAGCCCAGUUGCUCCACUGCGGGCACUCAAGAGGGCAGGCAGCCCUGAGGUGCAGGGAGCAGGGGGCGGCCCAGCUCCCAAGCGCCUAUCCAACCCUUUCCUGGGCAGUGCAGGGCAGGGGGCCCAAGGGUGGCAGGAGGUGCCAGAUUCAUCUUUUGGGAACCAGGCAGAGUCAAAGCAGCACACUGAAUGUUCAGGACCCCGAGAUGGCAGGGCCAGCCUUCAGGACCCAGGGCUCCGGGACACACCUAGCCUGGCUCCCCCCACUGGUGGCAUCACUCAGUGUCAAAACUGUGUCCAGGCAGCUGGAGAGGUGGGGGGACUGGUCUGUGAUGCCCAGCAGGUGCCCAGAUUGUCUCUUGGAGGAGAGCGACAGCAGGAGGAAGAGUUGUCAGCUGACUCAGAGGAGGGCAGAGGGACUGACCCGGAGGCCCCACUCAGUACAGGCCUCGCCAAGCACCUGCUAAGUGGUUUGGGGGACCGACUGUGCCGCCUGCUGCGGAGAGAGAGAGAGGUCCUAGCCUGGGCACAGCGGGAAGGCCAGGGACCUGCUAGCACUGAGGAUAGCCCAGGUGUUCCCUGCUGCUGCAGCCGCUGCCACCAUGGACUCUUCAACACUCAUUGGACAUGCCCUCGCUGUAGCCACCGCCUGUGCGUGGCCUGUGGGCGCACAGUGGGCGCUGGGAGGGCCAGGGAGAGAGCAGCCUCACAGGAACAGUCUACAGAGGAGUGUGCCUUGGAGCCUGGACACAGUGCCUGCUCCUUGAUGCUCACCCAGUUUGUCUCCAGCCAAAGUGAGCCAUAUUGGAAUGCUCUGGCAGAAUUGAGCACUGCAAUGCACCAGAUCUGGGUCAAGUUUGACAUCCGGGGGCACUGCCCCUGCCAAGCUGAUGCCCGCGUGUGGGCUCCUAGAGAUGGGGGCCAGCAGAAGGAGCCACCAGUGAAGAAUCCCCCACCUCCACAACCACCCUGCAAUGGGGACAUCAACAGGACCAAGGACACCAAAGAGGAGACCCCGGACUCCACAGAGGCACCAGCAGAGGAGCGUGCAGGCCGGGGGCCUCUGCCUUGCCCCUCUCUCUGUGAGCUGCUAGCUUCCACUGCAGUCAAGCUCUGCCUGGGACAUGAGCGGAUCCACAUGGCCUUUGCCCCCGUCACCCCAGCCCUGCCCAGUGACGACCGCAUCACCAACAUCCUGGACAGCAUCAUUGCGCAGGUGGUAGAGCGCAAGAUCCAGGAGAAAGCGUUAGGGCCAGGCCUGCGAGCUGCGCCAGGCCUCCGCAAGGGCCUGGGCCUGCCUCUCUCACCUGUGCGGCCCCGGCCACCUCCCCCGGGAGCUUUGCUGUGGCUGCAAGAGCCCAGGCCUCAGCAUAGCUUCCACCUUUUCCAGGAGCACUGGAGGCAGGGCCAGCCCGUACUGGUGUCGGGGAUCCAGAAAACAUUGCAGGCCAGCCUGUGGGGGACAGAAGCCCUUGGGUUACUUGGUGGACAGGUGCAGGCACUGACCUCCCUUGGGCCACCUCAGCCUGCCAGCCUGAGCACUGUGGUCUUCUGGGAGGGAUUCUCCCGGCCUGAGAUUCGCCCAAAGUCAGAAGAAGGUUCAGUUCUCCUGCUUCACAGAGCUCUAGGGGAUGAGGACACUGGCAGGCUAGAGAAUCUGACUGCCAGCCUGCCUCUCCCAGAGUACUGCACCUGCCAAGGAAAACUCAACCUGGCUUCCUACCUCCCGAUGGGCCCAGCCCUGCAUCCACUGGAGCCCCGGCUGUGGGCAGCCUAUGGUGUGAGCCCACACCGUGGCCACUUGGGGAUCAAGAACCUCUGUGUGGAGGUGACUGACCUGGUCAGCAUCCUGGUCCAUGCUGAAGCCCCUCUGCCUGGCUGGCACCGGGCACAGAAAGAUUUCCUGUCUGGCCUGGAUGGUGAGGGGCUCUGGUCUCCGGGAAGCCAGGCCAGCACCGUGUGGCACGUGUUCCGGGCCCAGGAUGCCCAGCGUAUCCGCCGCUUCCUCCAGAUGGUGUGUCCGGCUGGGGCUGGCAAACUGGAGCCUGGUGCCUUGGGCAGCUGCUACUUGGAUGCGGGGCUGCGGCGGCGCCUGCGGGAGGAGUGGGGUGUGAGCUGCUGGACCCUGCUACAGGCACCCGGAGAGGCUGUGCUCGUGCCUGCAGGGGCUCCCCACCAGGUGCAGGGACUUGUGAGCACAGUGAGUGUCACCCAGCACUUCCUGUCCCCUGAGACCUCUGCCCUAUCUGCUCAGCUCUGCCACCAGGGACCCAGCCUGUCUCCUGACCACCAGCUGCUUUAUGCCCAGAUGGACUGGGCUGUGUUCCAAGCAGUGAAGGUGGCAGUUGGAACACUACAAGAGGCUAAAUAGGGGGUCCCAGCUGUUGUGGGGGUUAGGUGUGGAGGGCAGGUGGACCAAGUGCUGAGGCCAAACACAACUGAGACUUAGGAACUGCUGCUCAAUGCCACAAGCACCAGUCUGGGCACAAGCAGGGCUCCCAUUCCUCACUCCUGAUCUGGCCCCCAAAGCCGAUGCCACCAAAACUCACACCUGCCCUCCACAAGAUGACAUCUGCCCUGCCCCUGCACCCCUUUCCAUGGUACCAGACCCACAUUGGGGGUGAUGGGCUCCCUCUCUCCCUGCCCCCCCCCCCAGCCCAGGAAACAAACAACCCUUCCUUGGGGGACUUUGAGAUCUCUCUGACUUAAGUACCUUCUGCUGCUCCCUCCCUGCCCGCUGUGCCACUUGUGUCCCAAGCUCUGCUUACACCACCCAUACCCUCCAGGCUCUUGGGUAGCCCCAGCACUGCAGGCAUUCUGGACAGAGGCUGUGGAACAAGUAUUUUAGGGAGGGGUGGCACCAGGGGACAGCACAGGCCUGACUAGGGACCCACUGGGGCAAUGCCAGCCCACCCCUACGCCUACCCUGCCUCCCUCCCUCAUGAUUUCCAUUAAAGCCUGUCAUUUUGUAAAUGCUGCCAUUGUGGUUGGCACUGCUCCCACAGGCCAUGUGGGCUGGGGCAGGAGGGGAGACAGAGCCUAGAGGGCUGGGGUGACAGGGCUGCAGACACCUGCUUUUCUCCUGGGGAGGCUGCCCCUGGCAGGGUAACUGACAAUGGCAGUGGGCAAGGCUAAGCUUGGGACCCAGUGACCAGGAGCCUUCCCUACAUGGGUCCAGCAGCAGACUCCCCAGAGCCCAAGUCUCUCAGCAAAGUGCAGCCCCUCACCUCUCCUGCCUGACCUGACCUGGAGCCAGGAAAGGUGACUCUGGAGGGCGUGGCCCAGCUGUAAGCCCCAGAGGCAGAGGCCUGACACAGCUGACACCCCCUCACUCCCCAGGGCCCUUGUGGGUAAGCUCUGCCCAGUCCCCUGCCUUGUACAUCUCAGCCCCAACAUGCUCCAAUUCUUGUUAUCCCUAAUUGCUCCUGUGGUGGUUCAGGGACUUUUUUAUGAAAUAAAACCUUUUUUAAAUUAUAAA